UUGACCCUUUGCUUUGAGACUUUUCUCGCUGGCGUCCAUUUCAUUACUUGGAUCAGAAGGCUACUCCUGGUCUCUUACUUGAAAAAAUACACAACCAUGGCAGAGGGAAAAGCAAAGCCUGAAACUUUCUGCCUCUUUUAUAAAAAAGAAUCACCAUUUAGUCAGCACCACCCAAGCAAGUUUAAAGUUGAUGAUCAGGAAUUCAACUGUGCUGAGCAGUACAUGAUGUAUAAGAAAGCUGAGCUGUUCCAGGAUGAAAUUAUGAAAAAGAAAAUAAUGGAAUCCAAAAGUCCAAUGGAGCAGAAAAAAUUUGGGCGUCAAGUCCACAAUUUUGAUGAAGAUAAGUGGAACGCAGUUUGUGAGGAUAUUGUCAAGGAAGCUUCAAUUGCUAAGUUUAAACAAAAUGAGCACUUAAGAAAGGAGUUAUUUGCAACUUUUCCAAAGACUUUGGUUGAGGCCAGUCCUACAGACUGCAUCUGGGGAAUAGGGAUGAGUGAGUCAAAUCCUAAAGCCCAUGACAAGAAGCUAUGGCGGGGAAAAAACAAAUUAGGUUACAUCCUGACGCAGGUUAGGGAUGAGCUUAUGGAGAGCUUAUAGAGAAAUGGAACAACACCUUUGGUCAAGUUCAGGAGCAGGACACUGGACAUCACAACAUGGCCAAGAGCUGGUCACUAGAUAUUACAUCAUGGCCAGGAGCUAGACAAAAGACUGUAUUUCAUAGCCCCCAGAUUUCUGCUGAACAUGUGUGUAUGUUUAUUUAAGUUAUACAACUAAAAUAAAGCCCUGAUAUAAAUUGUAUUAUUAAAUCUAUUACAACCAGUCCGUCCAUACAGCUACAUUUCCAGCUAUUCAUUAUUUUUUUAUUUAUAAUAAAAUUAACUGCCAGUAAAUGGCCUUUUGUAUUCUAAGAUCAUGGAUACAAAACUGAAACUGAUUCACUUAAUCUCAACACAAGCACACUCAAUUGUUUUAAAAAGUAAAUGAUAAUAUCAUUCCAAUUUAUUUUGACAAAAUUAUCUAUAUAAGCAAAAGACCGCAAAAUGUAUAAAUUAUAAAAAGUCUCAAAAUUAACUGUUACAAAAUUAUCCAUGAUUUAA